CCCUCCCUCCCAGCGACAACCCCAGCAAUGCAAGAUCCCUCGUCGCACACCUCGCAUACAAGCAAUCUCUCUCCUUCUCGUCACAAGCGCAGCGUUCGUACUCUGCUAGUUCGGAUACGUUCCAAACUGCGCCGAUCCAAGGUUGAGGAGUCCGAACCCGCUCACCUCCGGUUACCCUUCAUUCCUCCCGAAAUAUGGGGCAUCAUCAUCCAGCACGCCUGCGUAUUCAACCAUGAUCCCCUGGACACCUCGCACGAGCUUUCUUUCUUGGAAUCGCCCUCCACACAACUCGCCACAUACCGUGCGAGCAUGGCCACCAAGAAGAGUCUUUCGCUUGUCUCCCACCAAUGGAACGCGCUCGCACGCACGUUUCUCUACGAGUUUGUCUGGAUAAGUCGGGCGGCUCAAGCGAAGUCCCUGGCGCGCACCCUCCUUAUGGAGUACGUCGAAACCCUCCCUUCCAGCGGCAAGUUCAUUCGAAGGCUCCAUAUCGAGACACCAGCGCUCGAGCGUUGUGCGCCUGCUGACUUGCGCACCAUCCUGGACUAUUCCCCCCACCUCUACAUCUACUCCGACCACCAUAGCGUGCAGCGAAGCAUAUACGAGGACGCACCCGAUCCUCGGUGUAGCCCAGAGGAGAUCCUGAAGCUUGUGGCGCACCCCAAGAUCCGAAGACUGAGCUGGACCAGUUACGACGAUGUGCCGUUCGAGCUGCGGAUGGCCCCUCUUGGCAGCAACCUCGCCACCCGACUCGAGUACCUCGAGCUGUCCUCCCGCUCCUCCAGCAUUCCCAACCUGAGCACCAUCCUUUCAGGCCCGCCUGCCUCCGCGGGCAAGGACUUCCAACAUCUCCAGAUGGACGUUCACCUUCCCGCCCUUCGCGCGCUCAAGGUUUCCCUCGACAACAAUACGUUUGCCGUCCUUGCCUCCUGGGAUAUGCCCAACCUGACAAACCUGUCCGUGAUGUCAUCCGACUUCAGCUAUACCGGCGAAGGGUUUUCGCUCUUCUUCCAGGCACACGGCGCGAAGCUUACUCAGCUCGAACUUGGACACUCUUCGUCCGCACUCGAGGAGUACUACCUUACCACGCCUUCACACCUCCUCGUCCUCCAGCAACAGAACCAGAACCAGCAACAUCCACCGAUCCCGCUCGCAGAGUGGUGUCCCAACCUACGCGAGUUCAUCUGCUCCGCCGACGCGGAGUGGCACUGGCAGAGCCCGGACUGGAUUGCGCCGCAUAUCCUCCUCCCCUCGCACCCUCGGGUGGAACUUAUCGGGAUCCGCGAUAUCAACCGCCGCCUUCUCGAGGAUCCGAUGACGCCGAUGGACGCGCGCGACCCCUACGCGUACGCGGCUGACAUGGACGACAAGCUCUUCGACGCCCUCAUGUGCGACGAUGCGGACACGCCUUGCUUCCCUCUCUUCGAGCAGAUAUCGUCAUUGAUGCGCAGCGACGCAUUCCCCGCGUUGCGCUUCGUGCGCGAUCUCAGUGCGGAGAGCCAUCGGUUACGCACGGUGCGGCCGCACCCGCGCGUGCUCCAGUUUUGGCGCAAGGCCGUCUCCCGCUGUGCCGAGCGCGGCGUGUGGUUCGAGGACUGCACGGGCGUGAACAUCACCCAGCGCGGGCUUCGCCGCGCAACACUCACGGGCGACAGCGACGUCUGCGCAUAACCCUCGCGCUAGGACGUCGUCCGAUCUAUGCUCCCCGCCGAUGUUCUAGGUUUUUGGUUACAUAUGGACACCCCCAGUCUCGGUUUACGACUAUGCCUACGACAUCUCAUGACAAGCCCCUUAUGCAUCUCCCUUCCUCUCACUCCUGCGUACGGUGCCGCGCCGCGAGCGUCCGUUGCGCGCAUACCACAUCCCGCCGCUACUCCCACUUAUCGCAUAGCACAACCCCCAUCUAUCUAUCCACUCGCAUUCCCCGCCUCGCAUCAUCUCGCAUCGUGCCCGCACCCCUCAUCCAUCUUCAUCCCACCAUCUGCUUGCCCCCUUCAUCAGAGCGGCGAAGCGCACACAGAUUGUACACACAACAUAUAUACAUACACAUGCACACACAUACCCUCGCAUCCGCACACGGACAUCUUU